AUGUAUUCUUGAGACUUAUUGCUGAACGAUGAAGAUCAUAUCCUGCUGUUGCUGCUGCGACUCAAUCGCGAGUUUGCUUCACAAUUGCCGGCGAUGUCGAUGGGAUGGUACCGCACUCUUCUGCCUCUGUGCAUCUUGACGUUGCUCGCCGCUUCCGGUGCUGCCGCAGAUGGGAACGUUACAUUACAGUCGUUAACAAUCUUUAAUACGCACGAAUGGUUUGGACAAAAACCUAACGUGUAUUUCCAAUGUCAGGGCGAAGACAGGGUGGACUUGCCUGAUGUUAGAGCGAAGGAUCAACUUUAUACUUUCCUGGGAGAGGAAUCUUGGCAGCCUCUCACAAGAUUGGUAGGAAAGAAAUGCAAGCGCUGCGGAAUUUUCGAGAAGGAUACGUUUAAGUCAGAUGACGUAUUUGAUCAAUGGGAGCUUUGUCCAUUGAAUUUCACACCAAGUCCAGAUGGGCUUUAUCAUCGUUUUAAAGAAAAUGAGUUUAACCUCACGUUCACAUGCCCAACCUGCAAUGUGGUGGCAUCCGAAGAAGUGGAAGCAGGUGAACCCGACAGUGGUCCUGAGAAAAAGGAGAAGAGCCAUGGUCAUGAGUUAAUAGCUGUGAUUGUUGUAUUUGCACUAUUAUCACUGGGAGGGUUCGCCUUUGUUGCUUAUAGCGGAUGGCGUCGGAAACAAAGGGAGAUGCAGCAAGCACGAUUUAUCAAAUUGUUUGAAAGUGAUGACUUUCUUGAUGAUGAGCUGGGGCUGAAGGAUGACUUAUAAGUGAAUCUUUCAAACUACACCCAAUUCUGGCUUCACAAAUUUGGCCUUCAUCAAGUAGGAUGAAGGAUGCCUCCUCUGUUGCUGGUGAAUUGGGACCCUCUGCAUCUCUUGUUACCUGAUUAUUUUCCUCUGAGCAGGUUAGUACUCAAGUAGUUGUAGAAUCACAAUGUGCUGGAAGGAUUUCCUGAUGGAGGGCCUGCUUGAUAAGAGAAUCAGCCGAGUGUCAUUUACACUGAAAAGAUUACUUCGAGGCAUUUCAACUGAUCAGGGUGCAUCAUGGAGAGCUUUAUACAUAAUGCCAUGCAUUUUGAAGCUUUUGUAAUUAGGGGAGAGUUGAAGACGGAUGUUUUAUUUGCUCUUGUGGUACAUAUUCUACUGUUCGAUGGGAGAAUAGUGGCCUUGAAUAGCAUAACCAUAGUUUUGAGGGGAAAUCCCUCUGGAGUAAAAUUUCCAACUUGUACUUAGAAUAUUGUAACAAAAGAGUCUACUUCCAUUAAUAAUCAAAAUGACAAGAAUGGAUCAGGAUUUGAAAGGAACGUGUAAACCUAGUCUUUAACUGUAAUCGAUUAUCUAUGUGGUAUGAUGGACAUUCAAUUGUUAAUGGAAUAAAAAAUUUGUUGGGUUA